CCAGACAUUUUGUAUUUGACUUAAUAUUCUGGAUUUUAAGGGAAAGAAGUGAACGGGUUUUUUUUUAAAAAAGAGUUUUACACAUAUAUUUUCUGUAGCCUUCAAUAUACUAAAGUUUGUUUUUAUAGUUGAUUUCCGAUGGAUACAAAACAACUCUUUAUGGCUCGAUCUGCCAAAGGAUAUGAUAUGUUGUGUGUUGAUAAUUUUCUAUAUCAUUUUGAAAACAAGGGAGAGCAUGGUUAUCGCUGGGUGUGCAAUAAACGCAAGGAUAAAUUUACCCCAUGUAGAUCACGCAUUAUAACUACCGUAGUAGAUGGUGAUGAAUCAAAUCACAAGGUUAAAUCUGUUUUUGGACAACAUACACAUGAAAAGUGCUCUGUUGAUGAUGUUUUUAAGGUUUACGAAAGAAAACGUCAGGCAAACUUGACUGGGAAACCAUGUACUUUAGAAGCAAAAAAUUUAAAAAAAAAAAUUAAACAUAAUGCCGAUGAACACCAAAUCAAAAACACCAAUUCAAAAAAUAUUAAAAAUUGUUUAGAAGAAAGCAAUUGCAACCAAAAUGAAGCUAUAACAUCAAUUAUUGAAAAAUCACCUUGUGCCUUAACAUAUGACAACAAAGUAGUCUUAUUUGAUUUUGAGGAACAAAAAACCUAUAUAUUUAAAACCUCAUACGGACGGUAUAUGAUAUUUGUUAAUGGGUUUCUAUAUCGUUUAAAAAGUAAAAAUCAAACUAGUAAGAUAUAUUUAUGGGAUUGUGUACGCCGACGAUUAGCAUGUGAAGCAUGUAUAAAAUCAACCCGCCUUACGAGUGGUCACCAUAUUUUAAAAGACAACUUAAACGUAAAUCAACAUAAACAUGAGCCAUACAGUCGAGAGCAAAUAUCGGAGCUCAUAACCAAACAAAAUUUGAAAAUAGUUCAAGAAUUCAGCAAGAAUACAAAUUUCAAUAAGGAUUGCAUAGCUGUUAAUACAGAAAAAAAGAGACGAACGACUGGAACACCAUGUCUUUAUGAACUUUCUCAUGAUCCCCUAUCUAUACUCACAGAUAACGCAAAGACUAUUAAUGGAAAAACUAAAUUUAUUUUUUUGCCAUCAGCUAAGGGAAAUAAAGUACUUUGUUUGAAAAAUCAAAUCUUUCAUUUCGAUUCUCAUAGUUCCAAUAAAAAUCGUACAUAUUGGACUUGCACAUUACGUCGACAUAAAGUUUAUAAAUGUUGUGCUCGUGUUACAACUCAAAUGACAUACGAGGGGCCAGUGAUUGUUAAAAUAACUGGCAAACACGCACAUCCUGAUAAUUCACAAGAUUUAAAACGACGUAUUUAUAAAUACUUAUUCCCAGAAAACGCAAAUAAUAUAAUAACAAGUACAGACAAAGUGUGGAAAUCCCACUCCGAGACACAAGGCAACGAUUUCAACGAUAUACUUGUCAAAUCAAAGGAAGCGAUUGAACGAAGAAUCUGUAGAAUUCGUACGAAUAUAAAUAGGAAAAAUCAUUUAUUUAAUGAUGACGAUAGUUCCGAAAACAGUUUAUCAAGUUUUGAGAGUGAAUUGGAUUCGAUAUCAGAUGAAGAACAGGAUACACAAAAAUUACCAACUAAGUUAGAUGAGAUGCGAGUUAAAGUACCUUGCAUUUCUAACAGUAUCGACUACUUACACCAGGAGAAGGCUGUAUAUGUUCAAAAUAAGUCUGUCAAUAUAUUUUCAAAUGGAAAAGUAUGUGUUAGCGAAUUAAAUACACAAAAUAAGGAAAUUGAUAAUAAUUUAAGUCAAACGACAACUUCUGAGAUAAAUUCUAAUAUAACAAUAUUGCGAUCUGCAAAAGGAGGAGAAUUACUUUGUUUGGAUGGUUAUAUAUUUUAUUCAAGAAAAAUUAUUGAAGGUCGCACAUAUUGGACAUGCAUUAAACGAGAAGAUCAUGAUUUACACUGUAAGAGUCAUGCAAUAACAAGAAAGUCUAAAUCAGGUCAAGUUAAAUUAAUUAAAUUAUAUGGAAAUCAUUCACAUACUGCUUGUAGCAUUGAUACAAAACAAUCUCAACAAACGGAAGGAGAGCCACAAGCAAAUAUUUUAUAUACUGUACGAAAUAAUAGUGUAAAUAUGAAGUUAUAUGCUGUGUCCGAUGGCCCCCCUUCACUAGCUGUGCGAAUGACCUUGGCUGCACUGGAAAUACCUUACGAAUUGAUUAAUGUUGACUAUAUAGCAUCGGAACAUAUGACGGAAGAAUACGCAAAGUUGAAUCCACAAAAAGAAAUUCCGGUUUUAGAUGAUGAUGGUUUUUACCUUCCUGAGAGUGUUGCAAUCAUGCAAUAUUUAUGCGAUAAAUAUAAGGAUAAUAGUAGUCUUUAUCCUAAAAAUGUGGAUGAUCGUGCUAUUGUUAAUCAUCGACUAUAUUUCAAUAUGAAUUUUUAUUAUUCUGCUAUAUCAAUGCACAGUAUGGCUCCAAUAUUUUUCGAUUAUAAACGAAACGAUAUGACUUUAAAAAAAGUGAAAAAUGCAUUGGAUGUUUUCGAAACCUAUUUAACACGAUCUGGUACAAAAUAUGCCGCUGCAAAUCAUGUAACAAUUGCAGAUUUUGCUUUGGUCUCAGCAACAUUAUGCUUGGAAGCAAUUAAAUUUGAUUUAUCACCAUACAAAUUAAUCAAAAAGUGGUACGACAAUUUCAAAAAAGAAAAUCCAAAUAUUUGGAAUAUUGCUAACGGAGGUAUGGAAGAAAUAACUCAUUUUGAAAAAAAUCCACCGGACCUAUCACACAUGAAUCACCCAUUCCAUCCAACAAGAAAAGCAAAUCAAUAAAAUUUUUUGUAAAUGUUAAAACACAAUAAAAUGUAAUAUAUUUUUAAUGCA